AUGGACAACAACAAGGAAGGAGGAUCUGUUCAUAGGCCACCAAUCUUGGAUAGUACUAACUAUGACUACUGGAAAGCACGCAUGAUUGCAUUUUUUAGAUCUAUUGAUAGCAAGACCUGGAAAUCUAUUGUCAAAGGCUGGAAGCACCCUAUGAAGAGAGACAAAGAAGGAACUUCAACCACUGAACUGAAGCUUGAGGAAGAAUGGACCAAGGAAGAAGAUGAUAAAGCACUCAGUAACUCAAAAGCACUGAAUGCCAUCUUCAAUGGAGUGGACAAGAACAUGUUCAGAUUGAUCAACACCUGCACUGUGGCAAAGGAUGCCUGGGAAAUCCUUAGGUUGGCUCAUGAAGGCACUACAAGAGUGAGAGUGUCAAGACUUCAACUUCUCACUACUCAAUUGGAGAACCUGAAGAUGAAGGAGGAUGAAACUAUUUCUGAAUUUCACAUGAGGGUGCGAGACAUGGUAAAUGCAUCAUUUGCUAUGGGAGAACAAAUGUCUGAAGAAAAGCUUGUCAGGAAGAUUCUCAGGUCCUUACCUAAGAGAUUUGAUAUGAAGGUUACAACUACUGAGGAAGCUCAGGAUAUUGGUACUAUAAAGGUUGAUGAACUCAUUGGCUCUUUGCAAACCUUUGAGAUGUCACUUAAUGAAAGGUCAGAUAAGAAGAAUAAAAGCAUAACAUUUGUGUCAAAUACUGAAGAUGACGAUCUAAGUGAGAAAGAGUCUGAUGAAAAUCUGUCUGAGGCAAUAACACUGCUUGGAAGAAAAUUCAACAAAUUUAUGAGGAGGUUUGAAAGAAGGCCUAGACCAAAUGUGCCAGAAAAGCGGUCUAACAUUGGGAAGAACUCUGGUUAUGCUCACAGAAACAAGGAAGAAUACAAACCUAACAAAAGCAAAGGAAAGCUUGGAAAAGGAAUGGUGGCUACUUGGUCAGAUAGUGAUUCAGAAGAGGAAGAUGAACCUCAAGUCAUGGGUCUCACUGUGAAAUGUAAUUCUGAAACUGAGUCAAGUGAUGGUGAAGUAUCUGAGGAGAAACUUGUUGAAACCUAUAAACUCUUGUUCAACAACUGGAAGGAUGCUUGUGAAAAGGGAAAGAAAUUGGAAGGGACUGUCAAGGAUCUGGAAAUUGAGAAGCAGAAUUUGCUGAUCGUAAAUGACAAUCUUCAAGAAGAAGUCACUGUGUUGAAAUCAAAGAUUGAAGGUAUGAUAAAAUCUGUUCGUAUGUUGAAUAAAGGGACUGAUGUGUUUGAUCUGAUUUUGGAAACAGGAAAAGUGGCAAAGGAUAUGACAGGUUUAGGCUAUGCUGAUGAUUCUUAUCCUCUGGUUCAGAAAGUGAGAAGCUCAAGUUGGAGAUGUCAUCACUAUGGUCAGCAUGGACAUAUAAGACCUUAUUGUUACAGACUUUAUGGGGCUCCUCAGAACUGGAAACUCAUUCAGAAGUAUACUUAUGCUAAUCCAAAAAGAAGAGAAUGGAAACCUAAGAACAAUGUUACAUCACUAGUUGCCUACACCUCUUUGAGAGUGUCUUCUAAGGAGGAUUGGUAUUUUGAUAGUGGUUGUUUCAGGCAUGAUGGUGCUAAAGGAAAGAUCAAAGGAUCUGGGAAGAUUGUUAGUGGUGGCUCUCCAAAUCUGAAUAAUGUGCUACUGGUGGAAGGAUUAACUGCAAACCUAAUCAGUAUAAGUCAACUGUGUGACCUGGAUCUGAAUGUCUCAUUCAACAAAGCUGGUUGCAAAGUUACUGAUGAGAAUGAGGAAGUGAUCAUGAUUGGAGUGAGAUCCAAAGACAACUGCUAUAUAUGGUCUCCACAGAACAAGGCUCUGACUUCAAUGUGUCUCAUGUCAAAGAAAGAUGAGGUAAAGCUAUGGCAUAAAAAACUAGGGCAUCUCAAUCCUAAAAGCAUGAAGAAGGUCAUCUCUAAGGAAGCUAUCAGAGGCCUUCCUAGACUGAAGAUUGAAGAGGACAAAGUGUGUGGAGAAUGUCAGGUUGGAAAGCAGACUCAGACUUCUCACAAGAAACUAACUCAUGUUGCUACAACAAGAUCUUUGGAACUGCUACACAUGGAUUUAAUGGGACCAAUGCAGAAAGAAAAUCUUUGGUGGAAAAAGCAUGUCUUUGUCUGUGUUGAUGAUUUUUCAAGAUUCACUUGGAAUGGUGUAGUUGAAAGAAAGCACAGAACUCUGCAAGAAUCUGCUAGAAUGUUGCUUCAUGGAAAGAAAGUUCCUUAUCAUUUAUGGGCUGAGGUCAUAAACACUGCUUGCUACAUUUACAAUAGGGUAAUUGUUCGUUCAGGAACUGACUCUACUUCAUAUGAGUUGUGGAAAUGCAAGAAACCUGCUGUUAAAUACUUUCAUGUCUUUGGAAGUAAAUGCUACAUUUUGACUGAUAGAGAACAAAGAAGGAAACUGGAUCCCAAGAGUGAUGAAAGGAUAUUUUUGGGUUACUCAAUGAAUAGUAAGGCAUACAUGGUCUUUAAUUCUCGCACAAAGACAAUGAAAGAGUCUAUAAAUGUUGUUGUUGAUGAUAGUGGAAACAAUCUGGAAGAAGACAAUGCAGAUGGAGAUGAUAAUGUGCCUCAGACAGUUGAUGAAAGAACAAAUGUCACAAACAUCAGGUCUGACAUUGAGUCGGAAGAACAAAAUGAGCAUGUGUCACCAAAGGAGGUUGUUCCAUCAAUCAAGAUUCAGAAAAUUCAUCCCAAAAAGAACAUUAUAGAGAAUCUAAAUGAAGGAGUCAUUACUAGAUCUAUAGAUAUCAUAGAAAAUGCAUGUUUUAUCUCCAAGAUUGAACCAAAGAACAUCAAGGAAGCUCUAACAGAUGAGUACUGGAUGAAUGUCAGUGGAUUUUCAGAAAAGUCAGAUGAAAAUGGUACUGUAACGAGAAACAAUGCCAGAUUAGUUGCUCAAGGGUAUACUCAGAUUGAAGGAAUUGAUUUUGAUGAGACAUUUGCUCCAGUUGCUUGUUUGGAUUCAAUCAGAUUGUUGUUGGGAGUAGCAUGUCUACUGAAGUUCAAACUGUAUCAGGUGGAUGUAAAUAGUGCCUUUUUGAAUGACUAUCUGAAUGAGGAGGUCUAUGUAGAACAAACAAAGGGCUUUGUAGAUCCAACAUUUCCAGAUCAUGUUUACAAGUUGAGAAAGGUAAUGUAUGGAUUACAGCAAGCACCAAGGGCUUGGUAUGAAAGACUGACUGAAUUUUUGACAAACAAGGGAUACAACAAAGAAGGGAUAGACAAGACGCUAUUUGUGAAAAAUGAUGGUGAAAAUAUCAUGAUAGCCCAGAUAUAUGUUGAUGACAUUGUCUUUGGAGGGAUGUCAGACAAUGAGUUUGGUUGGUGA